UCCGACCAACCAGCAACCACACACGUUGACAUGCAAAUGAACACAGCCCGUACAGUCACCCUGCUGAUCAAUUCACUCCACUGCGGACAAACGCAGCCCUCCGAGUUCCAUGGGGGGCUUGACGAGCUCCAUGGGGGGCUUUAAAGGCGUGCAAGUACCAGGUGGGGGAAGCGAAGGCUACCACGUCCUCAAAGUGCAGCAGAAUUCUCCAGGUUAUUGUGCAGGACUGGAGCCAUUCUUUGAUUUCAUCAUCGCAAUAUGUGAUACCAGACUAAGCAAAGAGAACGACAGCCUCCAAGAUGCACUGGAGAGGAACAUGGACAAACCCACCAAACUGAUGUUGUACAGUAGCAGGACGCUAGACGUGAGGGAGACUGUGAUCGUACCCAGCAGCAUGUGGGGCGGACCAGGGCUUCUGGGGAUCAGCAUCCGCUUCUCCAACUUUCAAGGAGCCAGAGAAAAUGUUUGGCAUGUCUUGGAAGUGGAGCCAAACUCUCCUGCAGCCCUGGCUGGCCUCAGAGCCUAUACUGACUACAUUAUAGGAGCUGAAACUUUCAUGGACAAGAAUGAAAAUCUUUUCAAACUCAUCAAUAGCCAUGAAGGGAGACUGCUCAAGUUCUACGUCUACAACACAGACACAGUCGAGUGCCGUGAGGUGUAUGUCAGGCCAAAUUGUAACUGGGGGGGAGCGGGCAGUCUAGGCUGUGGGAUCGGGUAUGGUUACCUGCACAGGGUACCCACCACACCUUCCACCAAGAACAAGAUUCGUUUUCCUACACCAGAUGAAAAUUUCUCUGAGGUUUGUCUCACUGCAGUCAUUCCAACCAUUCCAGUGAGUAUUUCGACUGUAUUAGAACAGACAAACACAGCUUUUGACCUCACCACUGUUCGAACAGAUGCACCAGUAAGCACGACAGACCCUGUGACAUCACCACAAUGUGUUCAAACGUCAGUCGAUUCUGCUGCCACACAAGAGGUUCACCCUUCAAAGCAGUCAGUCACAGUCUCCGCUUCCACUCUGCCUUCAUCGGAACAUUCCCUCCCAACCUCUUGCGCAAACGCUGCUGUCACACAGGAUGAAGCAUCUCCCUCUACUGUUGUCCAAAUGAUCGGUUCACUGAGCCAAACUCCAUCAUCGGUAAUCAGCUCUGACUCUAUAAAUAUCACGGUGUCUGCAGACGCAUCUUUGCACCCACACACUGUGUGAGGAUCAGAUUGUUGGAACUUGCAGGUUCAAACUAUUGAUGCUUGGAGGGUUUUGUGGAUUUCGAAAUAAAAUGGUUAAACUAUAUAUACAGUACUCAAUUUCGAUGUGCUAUAAACAAUUGUGGCGGCACGGUGGACGACUGGUUAGAGCAUCAGCCUCACAGUUCUGAGGACCAGGGUUCAAUCCCCGGCCCCGCCUGUGUGGAGUUUGUAUGUUCUCCCUGUGCCUACAUGGGUUAUGGGCACUCCGGUUUCCUCCCACAUCCCAAAAACAUGCAUUAAUUGGAGACUCUAAAUUUCCCGUAGGCGUGACUGUGAGUGCGAAUGGUUGUUUGUUUCUAUGUGCCCUGCGAUUGGCUGGCAACCAGUUCAGGGUGUACCCCGCCUCCUGCACGAUGAUAGCUGGGAUAGGCUCCAGCACGCCCGUGACCCAAGUGAGGAGAAGCGGUUCAGAAAAUGGAUGGAUGGAUAUAAACAAUUGUAUAAUGAUACAUUUUUGUCUGGAUUAAACAUUUAUAUGCAUGCAUCUUGUGUCUGCUCAACUGUUAUAAUGUACUUCUUCCCAACGCUACAGCGCGUCUCUAUACUGAGAUCAGUAAUAAUGAGUGAUGUAUGGAUUAAACUGAAAUGAACAUACUCAACAUAGUUCACUUGGGGGGGAGAGGGCAAUUCCUGUCAUUUAUUAUUCACUCUUAGUGGAACUAUACAAUGUGUACCCGAAGUGAAAUAUACAGCCCUUGAAAAAAUAAGAGCAACAAAAGCAGCAAAACUAAUCCACCCAAAAAGGCUUUUUUUGUUUUUUUUGUUAAACAAGUGGACAUUUUAACGCUUUGUACAUGUUACUGCUGCAUUUCAAAAUCCAAAAGAGAAACUGUACAGAAUAUACUUUUCCAAGUUAUCUGUAUUAAUAUUCCUGCAUAGGAUUUUAUGACAAUUCUACAUUUGGUUAUUUUGUGCAUGAAACGGAAGUACUGAAAGCUUCCCCGGCCU